AUGGGGACCGAAAAGUUGAUUAUGUUAGUACGAGAAAGGAGUUUUUUAUAUGAUGUGAAGAAUAAUGAUUAUAAAAACCGAAGAAAAGUAGCAGAAGCAUGGUUAGAAAUUGGCAGAGAAAUGGGGACCGAAAAUGGUAAACAAUGGGCUACUAAAUGGAAAAGUUUGAGAGAUAAUUAUAAGAAAUUUAAAAAGGCAACAGAAAUUGGUUCUGGGCCUGCAUACAAAAAAUAUAAACGUUGGCCUUGGGCAGAACACCUGCGAUUUCUAGAUGACACUAUUGCACUGAAAGAAACUGAUAUGAACAUUAAGAGUGAAAAUAGAAAUAGUACUUCACAAGUUUCUGACUCUGACAACCAAACUCGUCCAGAUACGAGUAGCGGUGUUUAUUCGCAAGAUUCUGUAUCUGAUUUUAAAAACCUCUCCCGUCCUGGUACCAGCAAUAGUGCCUACUCUCGAAAUACUGCCACUAAUAAAAGGAGAACACAAAAAGUCGAUUCAGACGCAGAGCAACAACUGUUAAAAUAUUUACAAGAGAAGAAUCUUAAUGAGAAAAAAUUGGAUGAUAUUGAUCAAUUAUUUCAAAGUUAUGCGACUUCAUUGAAGAAACUGCCGGCUCGCAUGCAAAGUAUGCUUAAAUUAGAUAUAGCAAAAUUAUUCGCAAAAUACGAAAUGCAAGUCCAAGACAAUAUAAAUAUCACUCCAGUCAAUUCACCAUCCACUAACUCGUCUACGUAG